AUGCAUCUCGACGAUAGCGCGUCGGAAGAACUCAAGGCCUGGGUCGUCAAGCGCCUGGAGGACAUCUCGGACGCUGACUCGGACGUCCUCGCCGACUAUGUCAUCGCCCUGAUCAAGUCCGACGAGUCUGACGACCAAGUCAAGCAAAACUGCCAGGACAACCUGCUCGACUUUCUGCACGACAGCACCCCUCAGUUUGUCAACGAUGUCUUCGCCCACCUCGCAAAUGCCGAAUCCAAGCCCCUGCAGCCCACCGCGACCGCUUUCCAACCCACGGCGCCUGCCUUCCAGCCCAGCGAACCCGCCUUCAACCCUCCCUCAGGCCCUGCCUCGAAAAAGCGCGACUUCAACGACAGCAAUGCCUUCGAUAACCAUGCCCAAGGCUAUCAGCAAGAUCGUCCCAUGAAGCAAAUGCGACGAGGUGGACGCGGUGGUCAAAGAGGAGGCUUCAUGGGUUCAACGCCCGGCGCUCCUCAGUCUAUGCCUCCAUUCGACACGAACAACCCUAUAGCCGCUCUUAUGGCUAUGCAGCAGGCCAUGGGUCUACCUGGCAUGCCUCAGAUGCCUGGUAUGCCCCAAAUGCCAUUCCCUCAAUCGCCUGGCGCCUUUGGCAACCCUGCACAAACCCCGCGCUCUGGCCAGAGAUGUCACGACUAUGAUACCAAGGGCUUCUGCGCUCUCGGCGCUUCAUGUCCGCAUGAGCAUGGCAACGAUCCCGUUUUAGUACCUCAACAGGCAGACGAGUACGAUCCUACGAAUGCUUCCAUAUCGCAAGGCCGUCCAUUCGCCGACAGAGGGCGUGGCCGUGGUCGCGGUAGAGGCGAUAGAGGCGCCUUCCGUGGUGGCCGUGGAGGUCGCGCUGACUUCUCGUCUGCUGGUCCGAACCACGAUCGCUCCAUCACACAGGUUGUUAUUGAGCAGAUCCCUGAGGAAAACUUCAACGAGCAAUCUGUUCGCGACUUCUUCUCCGAAUUUGGGACCAUUGAGUCGGUCGAGUUGCAGGAUUACAAGCGCCUAGCUAUCAUCAGGUUCGAGGACUACGACGGUGCGAAGAAGGCAUACGACAGUCCCAAGGUCAUAUUCGACAACCGUUUCGUCAAGGUCUACUGGUACAAGCCCGAAAGAAUGCAACGCGAGCGUCAUCAGAACGGCUUUGGCAAGAGCGACGGCGAUGUCGACAUGCAGGAAGAAGAGAAGAUUGAUCCUGUCGAGUUCGCAAAGAAGCAAGAGGAGGCACAACGCGCCCACGAAGAGAAGACAAAGAGAAUCAAGGAGGCCGAGGCACAAAGACAAGAACUGGAGCAAAAGAUGAAGGCUCAGGCUGAAGAGCGCAAUAAACUCCUCGCAAAACUCGCUGCGAAAGAGAGAGGAAAGUCGGGUACUCCGGAUCAAGCUGCUGCUGUCGGUCAGAACGGUGCCGCCAAUGGUGCCGACAGCAACGGUACACCCUCGCAGACCGACGCUUUGAAGGCCAAACUUGCAGAGUUGGAGAAAGAAGCAGAGAGCAUGGGCAUAAACCCGAAUGAGGAGCAAUCGUGGCAAGGCUUUGCUCCGCGCGGUCGUGGUGGUUACAGGGGACGUGGAGGGUUCCAACCGAGAGGCGCAUGGCGAGGAGGAAGAGGUGCUUUUGCUCCACGUGGAGGCGCUGUCAGAAGGCUAGACAACAGACCCAGGACUGUUGCAGUCAUCUUCGCGAACAACGACCAAAUGGACUCUACGAAAGACGAAGCGCUAAGGCAAUAUCUGCUAUUUGUGAGUGACCGCAGAAAACUACUUCCACCAAGACACCACAGUACUGACCUUUUACAGAGCGAUCUUAUGGAAUCUACACAAAUCAGCCCUCACCCUUCACGCUCAGACGCGGCCAUGCUGGCAUUUUCUGAACGCUACCAAGCCGAGAAGUUUCUCAACCACGGCUCUGACAUCCCCCAUCUUGGCAAGGUCGAGCUUUCGUGGAUGGCAAACCCUGCUCCUAGCACUCCUGUCGCCUCUGCACAGACAGCCUCUGAGACGUCCAAGGAUGUCAACAUGGACGAGCCUCAAGAUCUUGGACCCCCAAGACCAGCAGCCGAAAUGGAUUACGACGUAGCUGAUGAUGACGACAACUGGUUAGUUGAAUAA